AUGAAAGGUCAGAGAAGUCAGGGGAGAGUGCAGGGGAGAGUCAGGGGAGAUCACGGGGGGCAGUCAGGGGAGAGUCAGGAAAGAGUCAUGGCUGGAAGUCAGGGAGAGUCAGGGGAGAGUCAGGGAGGGAGAGUCAGGGGAGAGUCAGGGGAGUCAGGGGAGUCAGGGGGUCAGGGAGAGUCAGGGGGGGAGUCAGGGGAGAGUCAGCGGGAGAAGUCAGGGGAGAAGUCAGUCAGGUUAGAGUCAGUCAGGUUGAGUCAGUCAGGUCAAGAGUCAGGAGUCAGUCAGGGGGGAGUCAGAGUCAGGGGAGUCAGUGAGAGAGUCAGGGGAGGUCAGGGGAGAGUCAGAGUCAGUCAGGGGGAGUCAGGGGAGAGUCAGGGAAGUCAGGGGGGAGUCAGUGGAGAGUCAGGGGGAGAGUCAGUGGGAGUCAGGGGGGAGUCAGGGGAGAGUCAGGGGGAGUCAGUGGAUGAGUCAGGGGAGAGUCAGGGGAGAGUCAGUGGAGAGUCAGGGGGAGUCAGUGGAGAGUCAGGGGGAGUCAGUGGAGAGUCAGGGGAGAGUCAGGGGAGAGUCAGUGCGAGUCAGGGGGGAGUCAGUCAGUCAGGGGAGAUUCAAGUAAGAAAACAGCAGCGCCGGGCCAAGCAGACAGCGGCCGUGCGAGAGCAGCAGCAGCAGCAGCAGGACGAGAGGCGGAGGCUCAGGCAGGAGCAGCAGGAAGACGCGGGAGGCCCCGGCGAGUUGCCGGCUGCGGGUUUUGGGCUUUUUAACAAGACUUGCAAUAAGAGUUCAUUCAUGGUCACGGCUUCUUCCUUCGCUAAGUUUAUGAAUGGCUUCCGAGGGCCAGGCUUCCGAGGGCCAGGCUUCCGAGGGCCAGGCUUCCGAGGGCCAGGCUUCCGAGGGCCAGGCUUCCGAGGGCCAGGAGGGCCAGGCUUCCGAGGGCCAGGCUUCCGAGGGCUUCCGAGGGCAGGCUUCGAGGGCCAGGCUUCGAGGGCCAGGAGGGCCAGGCUUCGAGGCCAGGCUUCCGAGGGCCAGGCUUCCGAGGGCCAGGCUUCCGAGGGCCAGGGCUUCCGCGUUGGGAACCCUAAAUCACGAGGCUUUUUGGAUGCAGAUGGUUUCCUUCUGUCUACUCCGUCAAUGUCGAGCGCGACCUUGGCGGGAAUCGGGAAGGAAAAAGGAAAUGUGAAGGAGACAUAUCGACUGACCUGUUUCAUGGCAGACUUGCAGAACGGAGUCUUCCGAAUCCUGGCUCCUGGCUCCGUCUUCGAAGCUUCCGAAUGCUCCCUGGCUUCCGUCUUCGAAGCUCCGAAUCUGCUCCCUGGCUCCGUCUUCGAAGCUCUCCGAAUCUGCCCUGGCUUCCCUGGCUCGGGUCUUCGAAGCUCCGGAAGCUCCGAAUCUGAAGCUCCGAAUCUGCGGCUCCGUCUUCGAAGCUCCGAAUAA